AAUUGUCAAUUGACAAGCAUAAGAUCUGAGUUAAGACGUAUAGCGUACCUAGUGUACCUAAUGCGGUCUUGUAACGAUAACAAUUAAUUAAAGAAAAAUAGUUGAGGUCUAAUCCAACGUUUUAAACAUUCUCAUGUCUAGUGCAAAAAUUUGAACUUUACUCGACGAAAUAUCGGCAAAACUCUAAGAUGCUUGCCAGAAGAUUUGUACGAACUCUUUGGAAUAAUAAGCUACAAUUGGAAAGAAGAUAUUUAGCUUCUGAUCCAACUAAGCCGCAACCCGAUGAAACAGAAGGUGUAGAACCAGUCCAGUUACAUGCAUUAGACAAGGAUAUCUGUUUGCUUGUGGAUGAAAAGGACAAUUUCAUAGGAACUGCAACAAAACGGGAGUGCCAUAAAGUUGGGCCAGAUGGACAGAUACCCCUCCACAGAGCUUUCAGUGUGUUCUUCUUCAACAAGAGAGGAGAUAUGCUCCUUCAGAAGCGAUCUAGUCAAAAAGUAACAUAUCCAGAUUACUACACAAACGCCUGCUGUAGCCACCCUCUAUACAUAGAUGGUAAAGCAGAAGAUAUAAUUACAGCUGCACGGAGAAGGCUUAACCUAGAACUUGGAGUCCCGUUGGAUCAAAUGGAUCCGGAAAUGUUCACUUUUCUGACUCGAGUGCACUACCACGAUCCCGGUGAUGGUAUUUGGGGAGAGCACGAAAUUGAUCACAUCCUGUUUUUCCAAAGUGAUGCAAAAGUGAAACCAAAUCCCGAUGAGAUAUCAGAGUACUGCUUUGUGCCGAAGAAUGAGUUCAAUGCAUUCAUUCCAACGCUCGAAGGACCAAUGACGCCUUGGUUCAACAUGAUACGUCGUCAUCGACUGAAACUUUGGUGGGAAAACCUCCAUCGCAUUAAGGAACUCGCCGAGCCCGACAAGAUUCAUAAAUUUAUAAACGAAAAAUAGUUCUAAGACUACAUUACUUCUAUAACUUAUAAUAUUUUAUAGACGAUCACCCUAUCAGUUAUCCACAGUAUAAUUAUUUUUAGUUGCACUACGAUUUUUUUUUUUUUAUUAUAUAAGAGGUUAGAUAGAAUUUAUUUAAAAUAUUUACAGAUUGAUAACAUGAGCAUUUAGAUACCCCAAAUGUUAUUUAAAUUUAAUCAUAAUAUAAUAUAAUAGUGUAAAUAAAGUAGGUGUGGUGCUUUAAAUAAAUUAUUAUUGAAAUAAAU